CAGCUGAGCUCGCCCCUCCCAAGAUGGCGGACAACCUGCCCACAGAGUUCGAUGUUGUGGUGAUCGGAACCGGUUUGCCUGAAUCCAUUACUGCAGCAGCGUGUGCCAGAAGUGGCCAGCGAGUUCUUCACGUUGACUCGAAAAAUUACUAUGGUGGAAACUGGGCCAGCUUUAGUUUUUCAGGAUUAUUGUCCUGGAUUAAAGAAAAUCAGGAAAAGACUGAUAUCAGUGAUGAAUGUGAAGACUGGAGAAAACUGAUCCUUGAGAAUGAAGAAGUUAUUUCUCUUAGCAAGAAGGAUAAAACUAUUCACCAUGUAGAAGAUUUCUGUUUUGAUGAUCAGGAUUCAGCUGAAGGUGUUGAAGAAGCUGGUGCUUUGGCAAAGCUGCCUGACCUUGGAGCCUGUGGUGCUGAGGGGAUUGCUCAGGAGCCUGAGAAGGAGAUCCCACAAGUGGAGAGCACCUUGCAGGAGAGCCAGGAACCAGAGAAGGCUCCAGGCACUGAGGCAGUGACUGUGACAGAAGGGAAUGAAACAGAAAUCACCUCUGAGAAUGAAAGUUCUCCCAGUGCAGCUGCAGGCGAGUCUGCUCUGGAACUGGGAAAAACUGAAACUGCACCCUCAGAAGAACCCAAGAAAGUUACAUAUUCCCAAAUUGUUAGAGAAGGCAGAAGGUUUAAUAUUGAUUUAGUUUCCAAGCUGCUUUACUCCCGAGGUCUGUUAAUUGAUCUUCUGAUCAAGUCAAAUGUUAGCAGAUAUGCAGAGUUUAAAAAUGCAACACGAAUCCUGGCCUUUCGAGAAGGAAAUGUAGAACAGGUACCUUGUUCUAGAGCAGAUGUCUUUAACAGCAAACAGCUCACUGUGGUGGAAAAGAGAAUGCUAAUGAAAUUUUUGACAUUUUGUUUGGAGUAUGAACAACACCCUGAUGAAUACCAAGACUAUGAGAACAGCACCUUUGCUCAGUUCUUAAAAACACGGAUGUUAACACCCAGCUUGCAGCACUUUAUUCUUCACUCCAUUGCAAUGGUUUCUGAAACUGACAGCACCACUCUGGAAGGUCUUCAGGCAACAAAAAAAUUUCUUCAGUGCCUCGGCCGCUACGGCAAUACCCCCUUUUUGUUUCCUCUCUAUGGUCAAGGAGAAAUCCCACAGUGUUUCUGCAGGAUGUGUGCUGUGUUUGGAGGGAUCUAUUGUCUGCGCCAUCCCGUGAGGUGCCUUGUAGUGGACAAAGAAUCUGGAAGAUGCAAAGCUAUUGUGGAUCAUUUUGGGCAAAGAAUAAGUGCUAACUAUUUUAUUGUGGAAGAUAGUUACCUUCCAGAGAGCAUAUGUACAAAUGUGUGUUACAGGCAGAUCUCCAGAGCAGUGCUCAUUACAGAUCAGUCUGUACUAGACACAGAUUCAGAGCAGCAGGUUUCCAUUUUGGCAGUGCCUCCAGUGACUCCAGGAAAACCAGCAGUUUGUGUCAUUGAGCUGUGCUCCUCAACCAUGACAUGCAUGAAGAACACCUAUUUAGUCCAUUUAACCUGUCCUUCAACUAAUACUGCCAGGGAAGAUUUAGAGCCUGUUGUACAGCAGUUAUUCAGUCUAAAUACAGAAAAAGAGACUGAAAGUGAACAACUGAAAAAACCUAGAGUCCUCUGGGCAGUGUACUUCAACAUGAGGGAUUCUUCAGGAAUUGACAGAAGUUCCUAUGAUGGUUUGCCCUCAAAUGUUUAUGUCUGUUCUGGACCAGACUCUGCUUUAGGAAAUGACUGUGCUGUCAGACAGGCUGAGACUAUUUUCCAAGACAUGUUUCCUUCAGAGGAUUUUUGCCCAGCACCACCAAAUCCAGAAGAUAUUAUUUAUGAUGAAGAUGAAAUAGAAGCUGAAGAGCCUGAAUUCAGUAAUUCACCAGAGACAAAACCAGAACCAUCUGCUGAGGAAGAAUGUAGUGGAGAUAGUACUGCUGUUAAGAAACAAGAUAAUGAAGAAUGAAUUAGCACUGUUUUCUUAGUAGAAGAGGAGAUUGACCCAAACUAAAAUGUAAGGGAGGAAGGGUAAGAAAAAGAACUUUUAAAACCCCAUAGCUGUAUUAUUUGCAAUUGCCUUACUUUCCUUAGCCUGAAUUAUCUUUCUUCAUCAAGUUUCAUUUAUAGCUGUGACAUUUCUAAAUAGUCUUAGUUCCACCAGAUUCAGGAGUGUUGGAGCUAAACAAAAAACACUGAAUGAAGUAUCUAAAUCUAAAAUGCUAAAAUAAAAUUUAUGAUUUGUUGAUAGAAUUUGGGCUUGUUUUACAUCUUGGAAGGAAUCCAAGAAACUCCAUCUUUUAAACAGGCAACAAGGUGAAAUUUGCCAAGAGAAAAAAUCUGCAGGUUGGCUUACCAGUCAGAAGAUGACCUGUGCAAUGUUGUGCAGUUCUACUAAAAAUCUUCAGAUCUGUGCUAGUUGAACAGUUGAAGGUGAGCUUCACAAUUGUCCUUUGGAGUGGUUUUAUGAAUGGAAUUUAAAGGCAAUAAUACUGACAAUUCUGGAGUGACUUUAGAAUACGUAAUAAAUGUUAUGUUUCACUUGUAAAAUGAAAAAUUUCCUUUAUGAUUUUGAAAUUGAUGCCAUUAUUUAGAAACAAACAUAAUCCAGUAGAUGUUUCUCACAUGAAACUAUUAUACAUUCAGCAUCUUUUAAUAAGAUCUGAUAGAUCACACGUUUUCCCUAGUGACUUUACUUACUGUAGUCAGGAAAACAGCACAAUUUAAACUUGAUGUUAGACUUCUCCACAAAAUUUAAAAUAAAGGGAGCAGACCUGUUGUUAGUUUCCCUGAAUUUGUUGCAGUGUUUGGGCCUUUAAUAGGUUUGUGGGGUUUUUUUUUGAAGGAUGGUAUCUGAGAAGUUUAGAUGAGCACUAAGGGGAGAAGGUCCAACUUAUAAUUCCAAAGGUUUGUAUUGAUCCUGGUUAAUAGAAUUAAAAUUGUUGUGACAGCUGUAAAUUAUGUGUUUUGUAAUGAUAAAUCAUGAAGCAUUUAUAUAAUAAAAUCUAUUGAAGUAUUUAUAAACCUAGUUUUUAUGAAAAAAAUUACCAAGUGAGAAAGCUGCUGUAAAUGACCACAAUAAACUUGCACUUCUUCUGAACAGUGCUGGAAAUCAGGUAUUCAGAUGAUGAAAAAUAUUUAGCAUUUACCUUAAGAUAUACACCCUUUAGAUCAGUAGUACAUCUAAAUAGAGAGAAGUGAAUUUUGGUAAGUUGGGCUUUAAGCUUCUAGGUGAACUUAAAUAUUGUUCUGGCAGUGCUUAUACUGCACAUAAAUAAAAAAUGCCAUUGAAUAAAUAAGAUUCAGCACUGCCUGAACACCAGACACCCAAGCUUUUGGACAGUUCCAUGGUGCACGUGCCUGCCUUUCAAGUGGCUUCCUGCCAUAAAGGUUAAUUAAUUUAUUUUUUUACAGCAUAACUGAUACAGUUACAUUCACUUUGUCUUGCAUCAUAACACUUUGUCUAAUUUGCAUUUCAAAAAUGGUUUCUUUUCAUGUUUACAUGCUUUGUGUCUUGGACAGGCAGCCUUGUGUGUAUAAUCCCCAAGUCCUAAGAGCAGGAUGUGGUUGCAGUGUUUCCAGUGUUAAACAACAGCUGUCUUUGGAUGCUUGUGAUUGAGCAGCUAUUUAUUUAUAUAUAUAGUAAUAAGCAGAUUUGCCUCUUCAGUUAGCUGUAAUUUUUACCUGUAUUGAAAAGCAUGAGUUAUAUGGUAAUUGUAUUUAACAUCUACAGCUCUGUAAAAGAACUAAGUGGAGGACCCUGUUUGCCUUUCAAUAGUAGGGAUCAGAGUUGAAUUUCUCAUCUUCUAUGUUUACAAGGACAUUGUUUGAUGAAAAUUAAAGGUGUGCUUGUGACUGCA